AUGAGCGCUUCUUCUAAUGGUUUUAUUUUGCUUGUUUGUUUCUCCAAUUUUCGCAUCAUGAUAAAUCCUUAUUUUGACUAUCAGUUUCGUAUAAUACUAAUAGGUGAUAGUAUGGUGGGAAAAUCAUCUUUGGUCAAAGCAUUCAGCGAUGGAGAUUUUACAUCUCUAUGUGAUCCCACCGUUGGUGUAGAUUUCUGCACAAGGACAAUAGUACUUGAGAAUGGUAUACGCAUCAAACUGCAACUUUGGGAUACGGCAGGACAAGAAAAGUUUAGAUCCAUUACCAGGUCAUACUACCGAAACUCUGUUGGAGCACUGCUUCUCUUUGAUAUUACAAACCGUGAGACAUUGGAACAUAUUCCAGAAUGGUACGAGGAAGCCAUCCUAUGUAUUAAAUGCCCAAUGCCUGCAUUUGUGCUAGUUGGACACAAAGCUGAUAGACAAAGCGAACGCCAGGCAAGUAAUGUCUCGCAAAGUCAUUUAGAAUUUGCUUACGAUAACAUCUAA